AAUUAUUAAAGUUGUUGUAGUUUUAUAAAGUAAGAGUUAUAAUUAAUCAUGGUGCACUUGAGCUUGAAAAACUUCGGCCGUGUUGCUAAAUCAUCAAGGUUCAGUUUCUCUUAUCUGAUAUUCUCAUUCCUUAGGCACAUGUUCAUAAUCCCCGUUAACUCUUACACCCUUGUAUUAGUCCCCGAAGCAAAAACCAACCAUGGUUCAUUAGAUUCCUCAAAGAGUGACAAAACAAUAUUUGAUGUUGUUUUCUUCGGUGCACUGGUUUCUGCUUUCAUUUUGGUCCCUGUUGUUUUCUUCUUGUGUAAUUGGUUCUGGCAAAUAGGUAAUAGAACCAAGCGCAAGACAGAGGUGGAGAUGCUCUCUGAAGAGAUAAGCAAUAAAAGUAGAUCAAUGAAGCCUUCAGAUACGUGCCGUUACUUUUCAAUCAAUGAGAUAAGAGCAGCCACUAUAAACUUCGAUGAUAUUUUCGUUGUUGGAGUUGGUGGUUUUGGAAAAGUGUACACAGGAUACAUUGAUGAUGGAACCACACCUGUGGCAAUCAAACGCUUCAUACCAAAUCGUGGACAAGGAGUUCAAGAGUUCAUAACAGAGGUUGAGAUGUUGUCUCAGCUUAAACACCCUCAUUUGGUUUCUCUAAUAGGUUUUUGUAACGAUGAAGAUGAUAUGAUUAUUGUUUACGAUUUCAUGGCUAAUGGAACCUUACGUGACCAUCUAUAUGGCUCUUCAAACACACCUUAUCUUUCUUGGAAGCAAAGGCUUGAGAUUUGCAUUGGGGCAGGGCUUGGAUUGCAGUAUCUCCAUAAUGGUGCCAAGUACAGCAUAAUCCAUCGAGAUGUGAAGACUUCAAACAUUUUGUUGGAUGAGAAAUGGGUGGCUAAGAUUUCAGAUUUCGGGUUGUCCAAAAUUGGACCCAAUGGGAUAUCAAAGUUCCAUGUUACCACACAGGUUAAGGGUAGCCUUGGAUAUUUGGACCCUGAAUAUUCAAAGACUAAAAGGUUGACUCACAAGUCUGAUGUGUACUCUUUUGGUGUGGUGUUGCUUGAGGUAUUGUGUGGUAGGCCACCUUUGAUGCGUAAAGUGGAGGGAAUACAGAGAAGUCUUGUGGAGUGGGCCCGAGCAUGCCACAGUGAGGGACCACAAGCCUUGGACCAAAUGAUUGAUCCAUUUAUUAGAGGAAAGAGUGUGCCAGAUUGUUUGUAUAAGUUCGUUGAGAUGGCACUCAAUUGUGUUGUUCAUGAUGGAAAUCAACGGCCAUCGAUGAGCGAUGUGGUAGAGGGACUUCAGCAUGUUUUGCAGCUACAAUACAAGAGUGCAUGGAAGAAGAUCCAAGGCUCGAAGGGACCCAUUAAUGACCAAAGAUUUCUAUAUAGCUUGAGAAGAAAAAUGAUAUUGAAUUGCAGGUGUUGAUCUUUGAGUUACUUAGAAGAUCUACAAGACCUUUGAGCCAAGCAGUGAUGACUAGUACAAAGUAUUUUGUUUUUAUGCAAACACAAAUGAUGACUUCUAAAAUUUCAACAAGAAGAAAAGCGAAAACAGCAUUUGCAUAACUAUAUCAGAAGCUGGGGUUUGUGAUACAAUGGCAAGCCAUAAUGGUUUCAAUGACUGAAAAUUGCUUGUUACUAUGCUUUCUAGGGUGGUGUGCAAGCUUGUGAAGU